AUGUCCAGUGACUUUCUAGGAGUGGUUCUUGAUGCUGGUUCACAGUCUUUGAAGGCAGGGUUCGCAGGGGAACCUUCUCCAAGGACCAUGGUGCCCAAUAUUGUAGGCAGGUUUCGUCGCGACGGACUCAUGGAUGGUAUACCGAUUGUGUAUUGUGGUACCCAGGCUAUUAAAAACCGAGGUAUAUCCAAGUUGGUGUACCCAGUGAAGGAAGGUCGAAUCGAGGACUGGGAUGAGAUGGAGAAGCUGUGGCAUCACGUCUUCUACAAGGAACUGCACGUACCGCCAGAGUGUACGAAGAUCAUGCACUCUGUGCAUCCACUUACUUCAAAGAAUGAUAAUCAAAAAAUGGCUGAAAUAUUGUUUGAAAUGUUUGCCAUUGAUUCACUCUACAUUGCACAAUCAACGGCUUUGGCGCUGAAUGCUUAUGGCAGGACGUCUGGCGUUGUUUUGGAGUGUGGCCACUUCUGCUCCUACGUUGCACCGGUGUUUGAAGGGUUCCCGUUAAAGCACGCUACAAUCACCUCACCGGUAACUGGCAAUAUGCUGACCAAAAGACUGCAGAAUCUCAUGUUCAAAGCUGGAUAUUCACUCACAACUCCAUAUGAGCUAGAUCUGAUAGAAAAAAUUAAGAAAGACACGUGUUACUUAUCUCAAAACUAUGAUAAGGAGCUGGCAGAAGCGUCAGGUUAUGAUAGCAAGAUUAAGUACAAGCUGCCGGAUGGCCAGGAUUUACUAUUGGGAGAGGAGCGGUUUCUCUGUCCAGAGAUCUUUUUUAAACCUGAGCUUGAAGAACUGAAGUGUAAAAAUAUAAUCGAGACCAUUUGCCAUGGUAUCGAUUUAUGUGAUCUUGAUUUUAGGCCCAUGUUCUACAGCAACAUCGUGUGCUCUGGCGGUGCUACCAUGACACCAGGUUUCGUCGAGCGGCUCAAGAAGGAGCUGACGAACUCCCUGAAAAAGGCCUCGCGUGACGUCAGACCGCAUGUAGAAGCGAUACCCGUGAGACAGUUCGCGGCCUGGGUGGGGGGGUCUAUGCUAGCCUCCUUCCCAAACUUGCAAGGAUUCUGGCUGACCAAGGAAGAGUACGAAGACUCAGGAUCUGAUCUUGUCAAGUCUAAGUUCUUUUAA